AUGGUACACAAUACAGGAGAGAUUUUAGAGCUGAAUUUGAAAACAAAUAAUACCAGAGGUAAAACGAAAACGCGUGAACCUACUUUGCGACCGAAAUAUAAUAUACCUCUUUUAACCGUCAGCAACUUUAAUUUUAUCCCUGAGAGAGUAAAAGACGUUGAACGUGUUGUUGUGCAAGAAGAAUGCUACACAGCUCAAUCCUCGCAGUUUUUUGGGGGGCCUUCCCCUACCCUACCGGGACAAGUGCGGGAAGUAUCAUUAAACGAUGAAAUAUCCAGGGAAGAUGAAAUGAUCCCCAAUCCUAAUGUACUCGUUCUCGGACCGGAAUCGCAAAUUGUUGGGAUGAUCGAACUUUCCGAGGGAUUGAAGUUAGCUCAUUUAAAUAUGCGAUCCCUACGAAAUACAGCCCAUUUCAUGCAGUUGAAAGAACUCGUUAGAGCAAAUAGAAUUGACGUCUUUACUAUCUCCGAGACAUGGUUGAACCAUACGGUAACGAAUAAGAAAUUAAAAAUCGAUGGUUACAAAUUACAUCGCCUGGAUCGAUUGUAUAAGAAAGGUGGCGGUGUUUGUGCAUACGUUCGUGAAAACAUAAAGUCAUCGGUAAUCAAAGAACUUACUCAGAUCUCUGACACAAGCUUCCACCAAUUAUGGAUUAAUUUGCAGUAUAAGAAAACUAAGUCCUUACUGGCCUGUGUCUGUUAUCGUCCUCCAGAUUGGCCACUUGACUGUUUCGAAAAUUCUCUCAAACCUCAGUACGUCCAUGCUCUCAGUAUGCGAAAACCGACCAUCAUCAUGGGAGACCUAACUUGCAACAUGCUGAAUACAACAAGUCGAGAAUGUAAAUCAUUAACCGAAAUGACGUCAGAACUCAAUCUCAAACAAAUUAUCGAAUCUCCAACCCGCAUCACAGACAUUAGCCAAUCUUUGAUUGACGUGAUUUUGGUCAGUUCUCCUAAUACCGUACGUGACAGUGGUGUCCUAAACUGCACUAUCAAUGAUCAUCUACCCGUAUAUGUUACGCUUAAGCUAAAGCUUACCAAACCACCACUCACCCACAUUGCAGUUCGCAGCUAUAGGAACUACGACCCCGAAUUAUUUGCUGCUGAUGUCGCAUAUAAAUCUGAACGCCUUCUUUCCGUCAAAAUUUUCGAUGACGUACUUCAGACCACCCUCGAUUCUCAUGCCCCAAUAAAGACCCUAAAAGUCAGUGGCAGACCGUGCCCAUUUGUGACACCUGAAAUAAAUGGAACUGAUGGGCAAGAGAGAUCGACUACACGGCCUUUUUCUUAA